AGAUGAGAUUACAGCAGCACAAAAGUUUAACAGGAUUCAUUAACUCACACGACCUGAGGAUGAAGCUCACGUUCAUGUUCAUAUACUGUCUCUGUCUUUAUCUGUUAUUGUGUGAAAAGACUGUGUGUGUGUGAGACAGACAGACAGACAGACAGACAGACAGGGUUAACAUUAUCUGUAAAUCCUCUUGUAGCUGAUCAUCAUUGAGUGAACGAACGAAGCUGGAGCACAGACUUCAGAGCUGCAGGUAACCAGGUCAGGGGGUGGGGCUCCAGGUCAGCUGAGGACACACGUGAUAAUGAGAAUCUUCUCGGGGUCAAAGCCUUGAUCACUGGGAUCUGAUGGGGCUCACAGCCAAAGUUAAAGCGAUUAUUCUUGGCUGCUAAACACUCCUCCUCCUCACCCUCCUCCUCCUCCUGAGGUCUUUGGGGCUAAGGAAGAUCACCUGGCUGGCUUUUCCUUGACGCAGCAGUUGGUUUAAUCCAGGAUUCCUCAGCAGGCCUGUGGAGGUUAGCUGAGUUACCAUGGAGACAGGAAACCUGGUGUGAGAUGCUUUCACCUGAAACGUUCCAGGGUAAUGAGCUGUCAUCAACGUGACGCUCAGCAGAACUGUUGUGUGUCCACGAGGAACUCGGACUCUGAUCCAACAUGGCCAGAGACGUGUCACGCCUCUGUCUGUGUCUCACGCCUCCACCUGUGACUCGCCACAGAUGGGUGGGCUCCUCCCUGGGCUCCAUCCUUCCCUCCGCCCCCCUUCGUUCUCUUAUUUUCUACUACUUCCUGUCUUGCGCCGCAUCAACAGGGAGUUUUCCUGCCAUAGAACACAGCUACGCAGUUAGCCCUAAAUUUGUUUGCACCCCGAUUCCCCCUGAAGCGGAUCCCAGCUGCUAUUCUCCGCCCAGCGUGCCCCAUGGACCCAGCGCUAACGGUCACAGCAGCGGCGGCGGCGGCGGCAGCUGGAGAGGGACCAUGUCAGACGAGGCCAAAGCCACCAUCUUACACCUGCGCGAGAGUCUGGUGAGGCAGAAGGAGACCAUCCUGGACCAGAGGGAGACCAUCAGGGAGCUGACCGCCAAGCUCACCCUGUGCGAGGGCUUUGGCGGCCACCACGACAAUUACCAUGACAACCACCGCGACAACCACGACAAUCACCACGACGACGACGACCACCACGGGCCUCACGGCAGCCACCACACAUCCUUGUCGACUUCUUCUCACCACGCCCCGCACAGCAGCGAUCACCACGCCCCCCACAGCAGCGAUCACCACGCCCCCCACAGCAGCGAUCACCACGCCCCCCACAGGAAGAGCCCAUCCUUCUCUCCUGAGCAGACGGGGAAGACGCUGCAGACGCUGAAGGAGCGGCUGGAGAACUUACAGGCGAGGAACUCGUCCAGCUCGUACUCCAGCUCUCUGAGGGAACUCCUCCAGAGGAAGAUCAACGCUCUGGAGGAGCAGCUGCACAGCUACCACCGAGAUCACCACGACGACCAUUAUCGGCGCGCAGCAGUCAGCCAUGACAGUCACCACUUGAGCCGCCACGGCACGCAGCAGCGCAGCAGCAGCCGCCAUGACAGUCACCACGACGACCACCACGGCAGCAGCAGCCGCCAUGACAGUCACCAUGACGACCACCACGACGACCAUCAUAGCACUGGUCACCGUGACAACCACCACAACAACAACCACCAUGGAAGAGACCGGUACAAACCUCACAGUGGUCACCACAGUCGCCAAAGCGACUACGACCACCGCUACGACUGGCAACACGGUCGCCAUUACGGUUACCAUGACAACCAUCGCAGCGACCACCACAAUGACCACCAUGAUGACGACCACCAUGAACCUGGUUACCGUGACGACCACCAUGACAGUCACCAUGGCAACGCUCAUCACCCUCAGCGACAGCCUUUCACCAACAAAGAGACGGGUCACGGCAAACUGGAGACGGUGCUGAGCCAGCUUCACCAUGGCAACGAUCACAAGAAGCCUAAGAGUCCCAGCAGCUUCCUGCUGGACUUCCCCAUGAAGACCAACUACAUGUAUGGGAGGAUGAGGAAGACGGUGGUCAACGAGAUCUUCGCUCUGACCGUGUGCCUGUGGUUAAAGGCGGGGGCGGGGCCAGGAUUGGGCACGCCCUUCUCCUACGCCGUGCCGGGACAGGCCAACGAGCUGGUGCUGAUGGAGUGGGGCAGUAACCCCAUGGAGCUGCUGAUCAACGACAAGGCCGUGACUCUGCCCGUCACUAUGACAGACAGGAAGUGGCAUCACGUGUGUGUGACAUGGUGGACACGUGACGGCGUGUGGGAGGUGUUUCAGGAUGGCGUGAAGAAAGGUUCAGGACAGAAUCUGUCGUCGUGGCAAUCUGUGAAACCAGGAGGCGUGUUCAUCCUGGGACAAGAGCAGGACACGAUUGGCGGACGCUUCGACGUCACUCAGUCCUUCAUGGGAGAACUGGCCGACCUUCAGUUCUGGUCCAGAGUCCUGACGCCGGGUGAGAUCCACAGCCAGGCGACGUGCGGAGGACACCUGCUCGGGGACGUCCUGUCCUGGUCGGAGGGAAACGUGGAGCUGCACGGAGGACUCUCCGAAUUCCCGUUCGAGCCCUGUCACUGAGGACGCUCUGCCUUCUCCUGUCUCACCACUUCUCCUGUCUCACCACUUCUCUGCUGCUUCUUCUUCCACUCUGGUUUGACUUUGAAGACUCUGGAGAUGUUUGGAUUUGCAUGGAUUUCCAGCACAUAAGAGGAUUUCCCUGGUGUCAGAACAUGGUCCUGAGGUCUGCUGCUGCUGCUGCUGCUGCUGCUGCUGCUGAUGAUGAUGACGUGGAUUUUUUAUAUUUUAGUAUUUCAUAUUGAAAAGAUGCUUUUUUUGUAGAAAGAUAUUUGCAUUUAUGGCAUAAAACAACAUAAAUAUACACAGUCUGACAGCAGCUACAUAGGUCAAAGGUCAAUGACAGCCGCGACGACCACAACCAGUAAGCGUGUCCUUGUGUCUCCGUGGCAACCAGUGGCUUACAGCGGGAUUUACCUGUGAACAGCUGAUCUGAUCCUGUUCACACACACACACACAUAGUGUACAUUACAUCACAAAGACUCUUAAGUAUUUCAAUGAUUUAUUCUAAUUUUCCUUUAGUCUCAUUUGACUCUGUUUUUUUCUCUCCUGUCAUGUGACUUUCAUGCUCCUCCCCCUCCUCACCUUUGUUGUUUUUUGUCAUGUUUAUUCUCGUGUCUUUGUCUGGAUGUAAAUAUACAGUAAAGUACCCCCAUGUCUAAGCCAAAAACUCAACUUAAUCAACUUAAACAUAAAACUUGAAAGAUGAACUCAUAUAAACGCUGUCAAAUAUUUGUAAAUAGACCUGUAACGGGAUUUUGAAUUAAACACUUUUACAAAUUCAA